AUGGCCGAUAGUAUAAAAGAAACGCACGAAAUCCAAGGAACAAUGAAGAGUUUGACAAAUGGUGGCAAUGGUUCUGACAGUGAUAUGAAGUUGGAACCAUCAAGUCCAACAGAACGAUAUGUUUUUUCAAGAUGUAAUAGUACUGGUUCAUUGCACACACCGUCGUCAUCAGCACAUAAUACUGAAGAUGAAGACAGCGAUAACAAAAACUCAACAAUAAGCUACAAAGAGCGUCGCCGAGAAGCUCACACCCAAGCCGAGCAGAAACGACGUGAUGCAAUAAAAAAAGGGUACGACUCCCUUCAGGACUUGGUUCCAUCAUGUCAACAUUCAGACUCAUCUGGCUACAAGCUUUCCAAAGCGACGGUGUUGCAGAAGUCUAUCGACUACAUUCAGUUUCUGCUGCAGCAAAAGAAGAAGCAGGAAGAGGAACGCAAUGCACUGCGUAAAGAGGUUCUGGCUUUACGUAUCAUGGAGGCUAAUUACGAGCAGAUAGUCAAAGCUCAUCAGACUCAGCCGAACUACACCGAGAUGCGAGUGUCCGAUGAAACUAAGUUCCAAGUUAGUAUAAUGGAUCAAUUAUUCCAAAGCUUUAAUCACAUUUCAGUUGCUAACUUUAAUGAAUUAUCGGGUUCUGUCUUCAGUUGGUUAGAGGAGCACUGCAAACCUCAAACAUUACAUGAAGUUGUGCGUUCAGUACUCCAACAAUUGCACAACCGAAUUAGCUAG